ACACUUCCAUGUAGAGAUGAUUGGCUAUGAAAGGACAAACACCGAGACGAGAGGCCACGCGUGAGUUUGCGGUGGUUAUCGGGGAAGCUUGUUUUACUCAUUAGAAUCUAUUUCUUUGUGGUGCCACCCACCAACACCGCCCGCAUCCAGCCCCACCCCUGCUUCUCUUCUGCCUGACUCCCUCAGGAUAUUUUUAGAGCCCAUGAUGUGCCCUGUCAAAUCGCGUAACGGAAACAACCCCAGAGAGCCACAGAGGAGAGCUGCUGUGUAAUCUAAAGGGGGAAGCCUGCCGCCGAUGAGAUGAAAAUUGAAAUUCAUUUGGUGUUUUGCGUGCUGAUUGUGCUGUCCGGCACAACGCGGACAAGAGGUCAAAGCAGUGCUCUGCCCAAUGUCUUCACACCAGCCAUCUUCCUGAAUCAUCCUGGAAGCUCAGCAUCUUCCAACCUGACAGAGGAUCGUGAGAAUGAGUCCCCAGAGCACGCACGUAUUCCUGCAGGCAGGGAUGAAUCCACGGGUGAAACCACAACCCUCAGCGAGACAGAAGGAACAGUCCGUGCAGAGACUCUAACAGAUGCAGUACUUAAAACCCACUUGUUCACAGCAAUCCCCGCAGCACUUACAUCUCAGCACGCAGACCUCAGUACUCUAACUCCUUCAGCUGCCGCAGAGAGCCUUUCAUCAGCGCCGACUGUUCAGAGCACCACCCCUCUGCACCCUGCAGCUACAGAAGGCAAAACCCCUCUGACCAACCAUUCCCUCUCUACCUUUUCAUCUCAGCCAGCCCCAGCAGUGCACCACACAAGCUCCACAGCACCCACCUUCAUCACAUGGCCACACUCUGAAUCUCUGAACACAGCUACCACAUCUCCAGGUGGAGCCCCUGCUGGGUCAGUGUACAAGGAGGUCCAGUAUGUAAAUAAAUUCGGCGGUGAAGAGGGGUCCGGUCACCGUUCCAGCUCCCCUCUAGACCCUCUGCUGGCUGGACUGCUGUCAGUGUUUAUUGUCACCACAGCUAUCGUCUUUGUCGUCCUCUUCCUCAAGUUCCGCCAGCGUACUAACCACCCGGAGUUCCAUCGUCUGCAGGACCUACCCAUGGAUGAUUUGAUGGAGGACACACCACUGUCCAGGUACACCUACUGACAGAAGCUCCUGUUCUGUUAGUCACUUCCACCACUCAGAGGACCGAAGCAAAUCUAACACCAAAGGAAGACCACUUUGGAUGUGAGCAAAACCUUGCUCUUUGGCACUGAGAACCUACUGUUAGCGAUUAAGAAAAAAGUUUUUAACCAAGGAUUCUUAAUGUUUUAAGCGGGAAGUUUCAAAUUUCUUCCACAUUCCUUUUAAAGUUUUGGAGACAUUCAGUGUGCUGAGAACUCCCCACCCCGAUGGAAAUUAAGAUGACUCGGCGCCCCUGACUGACUCCUGCACAGCACUUUAAUAUGACACAAACGGUUACACUGCCCUCUAGGGGUGAUCUGAGGUAAUGUGGAUCAAGGUCGCAUGAAGUCCUCCGUAACUGUAAGAAUAGCCAGUAAGGCAGAAUGAAGGCUCAUGGGAAAGCUGCUCAAAACAAUCACAAUCCCUUGGGUGACCAAAUGUUAGUGAAGUGCAUUUUCAAAUCAAAUUGCCCAAUCUGUGUCAUGUGAAGCUAAGGUCUUGCAGAAAGUUGACAAAAAAAUAAACAGAUUUUACAAUUGAAAAGGCACAUCUUUGGAGACACAGACACGCCAGGUCUCCAACAGUGGAAACCACUUUAUUUUUCCAAAUUGUAAUUUAGCCUGAAUUACAAAUGCAGAUUAUUUACUGUUGCAGCUGUUAAACGUGCAGUUAUGUUCACAAAGUCAUGGAAAUCUUGAAUUUAGUUAUUGCUUUUCUUUAAAUGUUUAGGCUGCCAGUGUUUACUGAGGAGAUGCCCUGCUAAGCCAAAUACUUGGAUAUCUGUAAAUUGUAAAACUCACUUAGUAAAAGUGUUGUUCGCACACAGUGGAGAUUUGAGAGAGCUGCAUUGGAAUCAUUUUAAAGGUCCUCCAUCUGGACUGGUUGGAAUGCACUGCAAAUACAGUGGAACGAAGCUCUGAUGUUUUAACUUGGUUACUUUACUGCCUGCAGUGAUGUAUGAUGAAAUGCAAGAAUGACUUUCCUGUUUAAUAACUUGAAAAUAAAUAUAUCAAACCCAUGUAUGUGGGGUGUGGCAAAAGCAAUAAUAGGUGGGUAAGCUCUUAGGCAUUAUGCAGUGUCACUGUUCACUGUGUGAACGACAGUUUCUAUUGUCAACUAUGAUUCGCUUAAGACUUCAGCAGCGUUGGUUCCUGCCUGUCCAGACAAGGUAGGUGCACUUUGAACAUUACUCCAAAAAGAAGAGCCACUCCCUCCACACACAC